AUGGAAUCCCAACAAUUAUCUAAUUACCCACAUAUAUCUCAUGGUAGCGCCUGUGCUUCGGUUACUUCUAAGGAAGUCCACACAAAUCAAGAUCCGUUAGACGUUUCAGCUUCCAAAAUUCAAGAAUAUGAUAAGGCUUCCACUAAGGCUAACUCUCAACAGACAACAACACCUGCUUCAUCAGCUGUUCCAGAGAACCUCCAUCAUGCCUCUCCUCAACCUGCUUCAGUACCACCUCCACAGAAUGGGCCGUACCCACAGCAGUGCAUGAUGACCCAAAACCAAGCCAAUCCAUCUGGUUGGUCAUUUUACGGACACCCAUCUAUGAUUCCGUAUACACCUUAUCAAAUGUCGCCUAUGUACUUUCCACCUGGGCCACAAUCACAGUUUCCGCAGUAUCCAUCAUCAGUUGGAACGCCUCUGAGCACUCCAUCACCUGAGUCAGGUAAUACAUUUACUGAUUCAUCCUCAGCGGACUCUGAUAUGACAUCCACUAAAAAAUAUGUCAGACCACCACCAAUGUUAACCUCACCUAAUGACUUUCCAAAUUGGGUUAAAACAUACAUCAAAUUUUUACAAAACUCGAAUCUCGGUGGUAUUAUUCCGACAGUAAACGGAAAACCCGUACCACCAAUGUUAACCUCACCUAAUGACUUUCCAAAUUGGGUUAAAACAUACAUCAAAUUUUUACAAAACUCGAAUCUCGGUGGUAUUAUUCCGACAGUAAACGGAAAACCCGUACGUCAGAUCACUGAUGAUGAACUCACCUUCUUGUAUAACACUUUUCAAAUAUUUGCUCCCUCUCAAUUCCUACCUACCUGGGUCAAAGACAUCCUAUCCGUUGAUUAUACGGAUAUCAUGAAAAUUCUUUCCAAAAGUAUUGAAAAAAUGCAAUCUGAUACCCAAGAGGCAAACGACAUUGUGACCCUGGCAAAUUUGCAAUAUAAUGGCAGUACACCUGCAGAUGCAUUUGAAACAAAAGUCACAAACAUUAUCGACAGACUGAACAAUAAUGGCAUUCAUAUCAAUAACAAGGUCGCAUGCCAAUUAAUUAUGAGAGGUCUAUCUGGCGAAUAUAAAUUUUUACGCUACACACGUCAUCGACAUCUAAAUAUGACAGUCGCUGAACUGUUCUUAGAUAUCCAUGCUAUUUAUGAAGAACAACAGGGAUCGAGAAACAGCAAACCUAAUUACAGGAGAAAUCCGAGUGAUGAGAAGAAUGAUUCUCGCAGCUAUACGAAUACAACCAAACCCAAAGUUAUAGCUCGGAAUCCUCAAAAAACAAAUAAUUCGAAAUCGAAAACAGCCAGGGCUCACAAUGUAUCCACAUCUAAUAACUCUCCCAGCACGGACAACGAUUCCAUCAGUAAAUCAACUACUGAACCGAUUCAAUUGAACAAUAAGCACGACCUUCAUCUUAGGCCAGAAACUUACUGAAUCUACAGUAAAUCAUACUAAUCAUUCUGAUGAUGAACUCCCUGGACACCUCCUUCUCGAUUCAGGAGCAUCACGAACCCUUAUAAGAUCUGCUCAUCACAUACACUCAGCAUCAUCUAAUCCUGACAUAAACGUAGUUGAUGCUCAAAAAAGAAAUAUACCAAUUAACGCUAUUGGUGACCUACAAUUUCACUUCCAGGACAACACCAAAACAUCAAUAAAGGUAUUGCACACUCCUAACAUAGCCUAUGACUUACUCAGUUUGAAUGAAUUGGCUGCAGUAGAUAUCACAGCAUGCUUUACCAAAAACGUCUUAGAACGGUCUGACGGCACUGUACUUGCACCUAUCGUAAAAUAUGGAGACUUUUACUGGGUAUCUAAAAAGUACUUGCUUCCAUCAAAUAUCUCCGUACCCACCAUCAAUAAUGUCCAUACAAGUGAAAGUACACGCAAAUAUCCUUAUCCUUUCAUUCAUCGAAUGCUUGCGCAUGCCAAUGCACAGACAAUUCGAUACUCACUUAAAAAUAACACCAUCACGUAUUUUAACGAAUCAGAUGUCGACUGGUCUAGUGCUAUUGACUAUCAAUGUCCUGAUUGUUUAAUCGGCAAAAGCACCAAACACAGACAUAUCAAAGGUUCACGACUAAAAUACCAAAAUUCAUACGAACCCUUUCAAUACCUACAUACUGACAUAUUUGGUCCAGUUCACAACCUACCAAAAAGUGCACCAUCCUAUUUCAUCUCAUUUACUGAUGAGACAACAAAAUUCCGUUGGGUUUAUCCAUUACACGACCGUCGCGAGGACUCUAUCCUCGAUGUUUUUACUACGAUACUAGCUUUUAUUAAAAACCAGUUUCAGGCCAGUGUCUUGGUUAUACAAAUGGACCGUGGUUCUGAGUAUACUAACAGAACUCUCCAUAAAUUCCUUGAAAAAAAUGGUAUAACUCCAUGCUAUACAACCACAGCGGAUUCCCGAGCACAUGGAGUCGCUGAACGGCUCAACCGUACCUUAUUAGAUGACUGCCGUACUCAACUGCAAUGUAGUGGUUUACCGAACCAUUUAUGGUUCUCUGCAAUCGAAUUUUCUACUAUUGUGAGAAAUUCACUAGCUUCACCUAAAAGCAAAAAAUCUGCAAGACAACAUGCUGGCUUGGCAGGACUUGAUAUCAGUACUUUGUUACCUUUCGGUCAACCUGUUAUCGUCAAUGAUCACAACCCUAACUCCAAAAUACAUCCUCGUGGCAUCCCAGGCUACGCUCUACAUCCGUCUCGAAACUCUUAUGGAUAUAUCAUCUAUCUUCCGUCCUUAAAGAAGACAGUAGAUACAACUAACUAUGUUAUUCUUCAGGGCAAGGAAUCCAGAUUAGAUCAAUUCAAUUACGACGCACUCACUUUCGAUGAAGACUUAAACCGUUUAACUGCUUCAUAUCAUUCGUUCAUUGCGUCAAAUGAGAUCCAACAAUCCAAUGAUCUUAACAUAGAAUCUGACCAUGACUUCCAAUCUGACAUUGAACUACAUCCUGAGCAACUGAGAAAUGUCCUUUCAAAAGCUGUGAGUCCAACCGAUUCCACACCUCCGUCAACUCAUACUGAAGAUUCGAAACGUGUUUCCAAAACCAAUAUUCGCGCACCCAGAGAAGUUGACCCCAACAUAUCUGAAUCUAAUAUUCUUCCAUCUAAGAAGAGAUCUAGCACCCCCCAAAUUUCCGAUAUCGAGAGUACCGGUUCGGGUGGUAUGCAUAGAUUAGAUGUUCCUUUACUUGCUCCCAUGUCCCAAUCUAACACACAUGAGUCGUCGCACGCCAGUAAAUCUAAAGAUUUCAGACACUCAGACUCGUACAGUGACAAUGAGACUAAUCAUACAAACGUACCAAUAUCCAGUACGGGUGGUACCAAUAAUAAAACUGUUCCGCAGACAAGCGAACAGGAGACUGAGAAAAGGAUCAUACACCGUUCACCUUCGAUCGAUACUUCCUCAUCAGAAAGUAAUUCACUACACCACGUCGUUCCUAUCAAAACGUCAGAUACCUGUCCUAAGGAGAAUACAGAGGAAUCUAUUAUCGCUGAUCUUCCACUCCCCGAUCUGCCUCCAGAACCUCCUACCGAAUUAUCAGACUCCUUUAAAGAACUCCCACCGAUAAAUUCUCAUCAAACUAAUUCCAGUUUGGGUGGUAUUGGUGACUCUAAUGCCUAUACUACUAUCAACAGUAAGAAAAGAUCAUUAGAAGAUAAUGAAACUGAAAUUAAGGUAUCACGAGACACAUGGAAUACUAAGAAUAUGCGUAGUUUAGAACCUCCGAGAUCGAAGAAACGAAUUCACCUGAUUGCAGCUGUAAAAGCAGUAAAAUCAAUCAAACCAAUACGAACAACCUUACGAUACGAUGAGGCAAUCACCUAUAAUAAAGAUAUUAAAGAAAAAGAAAAAUAUAUCCAGGCAUACCACAAAGAAGUCAAUCAACUGUUGAUGAUGAAAACUUGGGACACUGACAGAUAUUAUGACAGAAAAGAAAUAGACCCCAAAAGAGUAAUAAAUUCAAUGUUUAUCUUUAACAGGAAACGUGACGGUACUCAUAAAGCUAGAUUUGUUGCAAGAGGUGAUAUUCAACAUCCUGACACUUACGACCCAGGCAUGCAAUCCAAUACCGUACAUCACUAUGCAUUAAUGACAUCCCUGUCACUUGCAUUAGACAAUAACUACUAUAUUACACAAUUAGACAUAUCUUCGGCAUAUUUGUAUGCAGACAUCAAAGAAGAACUAUACAUAAGACCUCCACCACAUUUAGGAAUGAAUGAUAAGUUGAUACGUUUGAAGAAAUCACUUUAUGGAUUGAAACAAAGUGGAGCGAACUGGUACGAAACUAUCAAAUCAUACCUGAUAAAACAGUGUGGUAUGGAAGAAGUUCGUGGAUGGUCAUGCGUAUUUAAGAAUAGUCAAGUAACAAUUUGCUUAUUCGUUGAUGAUAUGAUAUUGUUCAGCAAAGACUUAAAUGCAAAUAAGAAAAUCAUAACAACACUCAAGAAACAAUACGAUACAAAGAUAAUAAAUCUGGGUGAAAGUGAUAACGAAAUUCAGUACGACAUACUUGGCUUAGAAAUCAAAUAUCAAAGAGGUAAAUACAUGAAAUUAGGUAUGGAAAACUCAUUAACUGAGAAAAUACCCAAAUUAAACGUACCUUUGAAUCCAAAAGGAAGAAAACUUAGCGCUCCAGGUCAACCAGGUCUUUAUAUAGACCAGGAUGAACUAGAAAUAGAUGAAGAUGAAUACAAAGAGAAGGUACAUGAAAUGCAAAAGUUGAUUGGUCUAGCUUCAUAUGUUGGAUAUAAAUUUAGAUUUGACUUACUAUACUACAUCAACACACUUGCUCAACAUAUACUAUUCCCCUCUAGGCAAGUUUUAGACAUGACAUAUGAGUUAAUACAAUUCAUGUGGGACACUAGAGAUAAACAACUGAUAUGGCACAAAAACAAACCUACCGAGCCAGAUAAUAAACUAGUCGCAAUAAGUGAUGCUUCAUAUGGUAACCAACCAUAUUACAAGUCACAAAUUGGCAACAUAUAUUUACUUAAUGGAAAGGUAAUUGGAGGAAAGUCCACCAAGGCUUCAUUAACAUGUACUUCAACUACGGAAGCAGAAAUACACGCGAUAAGUGAAUCUGUCCCAUUAUUAAAUAACCUCAGUCACCUUGUGCAAGAACUUAACAAGAAACCAAUUACUAAAGGAUUACUAACCGACAGUAAAUCUACAAUCAGUAUAAUUAUAUCCAAUAAUGAAGAGAAAUUUAGAAACAGAUUUUUUGGUACUAAAGCAAUGAGACUAAGAGAUGAAGUAUCAGGAAAUCAUCUGCACGUAUGCUAUAUCGAAACCAAAAAGAAUAUUGCAGACGUAAUGACCAAACCUCUUCCGAUAAAAACAUUCAAACUAUUAACAAACAAAUGGAUUCAUUAG